AUGGCACGCAGAAUUAGAAAAAUCAGCGCUUCUCUGGCGGAGCUCAAGAAUGAAGCAGCUUUCAUUGGGUUAGUUGCAAAGAAAAAAGAUCCAACCUCUCAAAGAAUUAGGGAGGACAGAGAAACCAACGCAUUCAUUGGUAAAGAUGAAAUCAUCAUUGGAAGGAAUGCGGUUGUGUCAGAUAUAAUUACAACAUUGACCAACUCCAAUACUAACGAAAAAAAUCUGUCGAUUAUGGCGAUUGUGGGAAUGCCAGGACUGGGAAAGACAACUUUGGCCAAGUCAGUGUACAAUGAAGGUGCUAUCGAUGAGUAUUUCAACAAAAAAUUGUGGGUGUGUGUAUCAAACACUUUCAACGUCAAUUCAAUUUUAGCUGCAAUGUUAGAAUUACUCUCAGGAAAGGUAGCAACGGCAAGUCAGCAAGCAUUGCUUACAGACCUCCGAGAAAAGUUGAAAGAGAAAAAAUACUUGCUGGUACUUGAUGAUGUUUGGAAUGAAGAUUCGGAGAAAUGGGAACGUUUGAUGAGCUGUUUGUCAAAGUUGAAUUCUUCUCCAGGAAGCAAAAUUAUUAUCACUACCCGCAGUAGCAAAGUUGCAUCAAUCACAGAAACACUUCCGCCGCCUAAAUUGGAACUUCUAUCAACAGAUGAAUGCUGGUCCAUAUUGAAACAUGCAGCUUGCUCAGAUGGUAGUUCUGAUAUACCUCUUCAUUUAAAGAGUAUUGGACGGGAGAUUGCUAAAAAUGUGAUGGUCUACCAUUGA